AGUUUAAGCGAUAUGUUCUGUUCUGUCUUUCACAUUCUGGAAAGAAGAAGCCACAACCUUCGCUCUCGCAAAUGGACAUUCCGAAGGAGCAAAUCACUGCUCUCCUAGAUCAUGGCCUCUACAAUUCAGCUCAAAUGCUGGGUUGCUUUCUUGUUUCAUCUGCAACUGUCAGUGCCGAAACCACUCCACAUCUCAAAGCCGAAAAUCUGAUUCUUCUCGGUGAUGCUUUGCUUCGCGAGAGAGAGUAUCGCAGAGCAAUUCACACAUACAAGCAAGCGCUUCAAUACUAUAAAAUUAUUCCUAAACAAAACUCAGCUAGUUCUAGGAGUUCGUUGUCAACAUCAAACAGGUCUUCUUCUCCAAAUUCCUUCAACAUUUCAGCAAUUACUGAAAAUGAGGUGAAAUUUAAAAUUGCAUCUUGUCAUUUUGCUCUAAGUGAGACUAGAGCUGCCCUCGUUGAGAUGGAAGGAAUUCCUAGUAAGCACUGCAUCCAGAUGAGUUUAUUAUUUUCCAAUAUAUAUUCUGAAUAAAGAUAUAUUUUGAAAUGUUUAAUCAUGUAAUAACUUCCUAAAAGCAGGUUUCUUCUUCUUCUUCCACUUUUUUCCCCCUUUUAUAGGCAUUGUCCUUAUGUACUUGAGGCUAUCACAGCUUUGGCAGAGUUGGGAGCUAGUGCCAAAGAUAUUAUUUCAUUAUUUGCUCAGGCUCCAAAUAGAAGUGCAAAGGCUCCAUUUGAUCAUGUUGACUCAAAUCGUUGGCUGCAACGCUAUGUUGAGGCUCAAUGUUGUAUUGCUUCCAAUGAUUACAAAGGUGGUUUGGAACUCUUUCUGGAACUUUUACAACGUUUUCCUAAUAAUGUACAUCUAUUACUUGAAAUUGCAAAGGUUGAAGCCAUUAUUGGAAAGAAUGAUGAAGCCAUCAUGAAUUUUGAGAAGGUUCGAGCAAUUGAUCCUUAUGUUGUAACUUAUAUGGAUGAGUAUGCAAUGCUUCUAGAGAUGAAGUCUGAUUAUUCCAAGCUUAACAAGUUAGUUCACGAUUUAUUAAAUAUUGAUCCUACAAGGCCAGAAGUCUUUGUAGCUUUGUCUGUGCUGUGGGAAAGAAAAGAUGCAAGAGGAGCAUUAUCUUAUGCUGAGAAGAGCAUCCGGAUAGAUGAGAGGCACAUACCAGGUUACAUUAUGAAGGGUAACCUGCUUUUAUCUACAAAGCGGCCAGAAGCUGCUGUUGUUGCUUUCAGGGCAGCUCAAGAAUUGAGACCUGAUCUUCGUUCAUAUCAAGGGUUAGUUCAUUCUUAUUUGGCAUUUGGAAAAGUCAAAGAGGCUUUAUGUGCUGCUAGGGAGGCAAUGAAGGCAAUGCCUCAGUCUGCAAAGGCUCUAAAAUUAGUUGGGGACGUACAUGCUAGUAAUUCUGGUGGGAGAGAAAAGGCCAAGAAGUUCUACGAAUCAGCACUCAGGCUGGAACCUGGAUACCUUGGAGCUGCUUUAGCUUUAGCUGAACUCCAUGUCAUUGAGGGCCGGAAUGGAGAUGCUGUGUCUCUGCUUGAGCGAUAUCUCAAAGAUUGGGCGGAUGACUCCCUUCAUGUCAAGUUGGCGCAAGUGUUUGCUGCCACAAAUUUGCUACAAGAUGCUUUAUCCCAUUAUCAAGCUGCAUUGAGAAUAAAUCCACAGAAUGAAGCUGCUAAAAAGGGGUUAGAUCGCUUGGAAAAGCAGAUGAAGGGAAUGGACCCUGAUGCACCUGAGGAAGAUGAAGAGAAUGAGGUUGAAGAUGCAGAUGGAGACCCUGAAGAUGCCGAGCUUUUGUGAGGUCAAGCUAAACUGAUUCUCGGAGAUGAUAACAUGAUACCUUUGCCACAUUUGUUGUAGUAAGAUGGCAUCAAAAGAACCUACUGCGGGAAAUAUUUUGCCGUAUUGUUGUUGUAGUAAAUUGUCCCGCAGAAAUGUUCUGUGAUUUGUUGUGCCUCUAACCUCCACCAAUUCAGAGCAGCACAUAACUUGACAUGGUUCCAUGGAGUCUGGAGGCCUAGACUGAUUUGAAGAUAAAACAGGAGGUGCGAGUAGAAGAGUGUGAAAUGAAGUUUCUACUUGCUAGAUGAUUUGGAGUCCAGGGUGUUGCAUGUACGCUGAAGGAAACUUUGAUUGUUCUAACUACCUCAACAUGUCUUCUGAAAGGUUACGCAUGGAGUCCUUGAAGUUCAUGAUGUAAAGAUGAUUGCAGUUGUAUUUUUCUAGUUCUUACUUUGAUCAGGAGCAUGUACUGACCGUGUUUCUCAAAAGGCUCCGACUUUGCUGAUCACAUCUGAGCAUUAUCAUAGAUUCAUGCUCCUAGCCA